GGCGGCGCGGCGCAGGGUGGAGAGAUGUGCCCUCACCCCUCUCGGCAAGAAUGACUGCGGCAAGAAGACAGUCGUCAUCGAGGCGACGAGGAGAGGGCCUGCUUCCGGCGUCUGGCCCACUCACCACUGCACGGGGCAGACUCCGUCAACGGCCCUCCGCUCACCGCCGCCGCGCUACCUCUGUCCUGCGCUGCGACGCAAGCCUCAGUUGCCGAUGCCGUUGUCCAGGCUCACCUUGCAGUGACUGAAGCCGUAAGUGGCAUCGGUGUCGUUGCCAUCCCCCGCCCCGGAUCCGUGGGCGAUCGGCGCGCCGUCCUCCCAAUGGGCAUGCCGGCUAUUCCCGCCGGCGCCUUCAUGGAUCGCAACUCGCUCCUCACCGUCACUUGCCCGAGCAGCGUCGAGUUCGUCGGCAGCAGGGCCUUCUUCACCUGCAAGUCGCUCAUCUCCGUCACCUUUGCGCACGGCCUCAUCGCCGUCAACAGCGCCGCCUUUUACGCCUGCCGCUCCCUCAAGUAUGUGUCUCUCCCGGACACCCUCGCCAUCCUCGGGCCCGGUGCCUUUGAGGCGUGCUCCAACCUCGAGUACAUCGUACUCCCCCCUAGCCUCACCGGCAUCGCCCACGAGGCCUUCCACGGCUGCCGGGCCCUCAAACGCAUCUUCAUCCCCCCGAACCUCGCCUGCAUCGGCAACAGCGCCUUCCGCGCCUGCUACGCCCUCACCCGCGUCACCGUUUCGACCACCACCAUCCUCGGCACCAACGUCUUCCCGGAGAUAACUGAGGUGAUCCGCCUCCCGCCCGCAAAGAUGCGCGCGCAGCAGCUCUGGGACGGCGUGAUCGACGAGGCGGUCGCGUACAAGCGCUGCCGCCCCCUCUUCUACAGCUGGCUCGAGCGCGCCCAGCUCCGGCUCAACUCCUACGGGGAGGGGGGCGCGGCGCGCAAGCGCGACCGCGAGGAGUUCGAGGGCGACUUUGGGCACCUCGUAUGAGGAUGCCACAACCCACGCCCGCCACGCGCCCGCCCCUUGAUUGCGCCCUACCAUCCACCUUGGCCGGGCGCGUAGAGCUAGCUAGUGUGUGGCCAGCAGCACCCGUCCCCCGGGGUGAGACGAGCAGCAGCCACCACGGAAUCCGUGCCACGGUUCUCGGUUGUGAGGUAGAUUGUGUGAAGGGUGGGGUAAGGUCAGGUCAGGUAAGGUCGGUUCUCGUCGUGCAGGGCGGGGGGGACAUGCGCACACGCGUGUCACGUCCCACUCCUUUCGAGGCCCCGCACUUGGGCCACGCUAUCCUUCUUCGAUUUUGACCGUUUUCAUUUAUUUUCUCACUC